GAGAAAAAAGAAAAGCGAAUCAAUCCCAUCCUCCCUCUUUCAUCAACUCCACCUCCCUUCUUCAUCACCAAAUGUUCCGUCUGUCUGCCCAGUCGACCCGCAAGGCUGUCCAGCGUCUUGCUGUUCAGGUACGACCCACCACUGCCCAAUCAGCCAACCGGCAACCAGCAACCAGCACCCAGUCAGCACUCUCCAUCGGAUCACCUUAUUUCUUGAAACGCGGAACUCUGCUCCGAAUCCGAAAUACUCGACCAACAUCACAUGCAACGAUGCAUCGUCUUCGCAGACACACCCACACUCACCCGCACUUUCAACCCUCUAUCUUCUUGCCUAUGCGCCCUCUUCAAAUAGGUCCGCCACCAGUCCACCAGCUCCGCUGCUGCCUCCAGCAUGAAUGCCAAGAAUGUCUCUAUGGCUGCUGCUGGUGUGGCCACCGUCGGUGCUCUUGCCUAUCUCUCUAUGGAGUCCGUCGAUGCCAACAUGGCCGCUGACGGUCUUCACCCCCCAGCAUUCCCCUGGGAGCACAAGAAGGCCCUCACUACCUUUGACCAUGCUGCCAUCCGCCGUGGUUACCAGGUGUACAAGGAGGUUUGCGCUGCCUGCCACUCUCUUGAUCGCAUUGCCUGGCGUAACUUGAUCGGUGUCUCCCACACCGAGGCCGAGGUCAAGGCUAUGGCUGAGGAGUUUGAGUACACGGAUGGACCCAACGAUGUUGGAGAUAUGUUCCAGCGUCCCGGAAAGCCCUCGGACUACAUGCCUGCCCCCUACGCGAACGAGGAGCAGGCCCGUGCUGGUAAUGCCGGUGCUUUGCCCCCAGAUCUGUCGUUGAUGAUCAAGGCCCGUCACGGUGGUGCCGACUACGUGUUCUCCCUGUUGACUGGUUACCAAGAUCCUCCAGCUGGUGUGGAGAUCCGUGAGGGAUUGAACUUCAACCCUUACUUCCCUGGUGGAGCGAUUGGUAUGGCCCGUGUGCUGUACGAUGGUUUGGUCGAGUACGAGGAUGGAACCCCUGCAACGACUUCGCAGAUGGCGAAGGAUGUUACGAUCUUCUUGAGCUGGGCUGCUGAGCCAGAGAUGGACGAGCGCAAGAUGAUGGGAAUGAAGGCCCUGACGAUUUUGGCAGUCUUGACCGGCCUCUCUAUCUACCUCAAGAGGCACAAGUGGGCUGGUCUCAAGACCCGCAAGAUCUUGUACAACCCUCCUACGCCAAAGAAGCACUAAAUUAUGACAAGACAGGACCUCGAAACACACC